AUGUGGGCCAGAAUUAUCGGUCACAUUGCAUCAGAACCUGUACAUGGAAAUAAACGCAAAGUUUUAAUCGCUUUGGAUGUUGGAAACGGAAGUGUUCAAGAGAUCCCACAACCAGAAAAUUUGGGAGCCGGAAAAUUUGGUGCUUAUAGGUAUGUCAAUGUGUGGGAUAAGUACCUAGGCAUGCUUUGUAGUAGUUAUGUGGAUGGUUAUGAAGUAUGGAUGAUGAAGGAUUAUGGAGUGAGAGAAUCUUGGACGAAACUUUAUACAAUCCCCACAGUCAUUGAUGUUAAGUCUGUUCGGUCAGUUCAGUACUUGAGGAAGAUGGAGUGUUUAAAAAACGGCGAGAUUCUACUAACAAUUAAACAGCAUGAGGUUUCUAAUUUGGCUGGUGAGAAGGCUUUGAUUUUGUAUAACCCAAUGGAAAGAGCAACUAGGAUUUUGAAGCAUGAUAAGAAUAAUGGUUUUUAUGAGAAUGGUUUUUCAAAAGUAUUCCAAGUGGAGACUUAUGUAAAUAAUUUAGUUUCACUAAACUCAGGUACAUAUUUGGGGUAUAAAGAGCAGGAGAAGAAAGAUGUGUUUAAAAAAUUAGCAGGCCUUAGGGUUUGA